AUGGGCGAGGACGGCACAAAACUGCUCCAGCAGAGGCUGACCGAACGAACUCGCGAACAUAAAGUGACACGCGAAGCAGCCCUAGAGAGCGAAGUUCGUAAGCUGCCUCCUCCAAUGUCAUCGAAGAACGACAAACUGGUGCACAACUUGUCGUCAAAGGAGCUGACAGAGGAACAAAUGCAGGUUUUACGGCAUGAGGCCUCACUCAACACAGCCGAUGCCAAACCUGCCAACAUGAUAGCAGCAGUGGAAUCAAUCCUCAGCCAGACGGAAACGACAGAUGAAACGAAGAACCUCAUUCGAUGA